AUGAGGUCUCUGGUCUUCGUUCUGCUCAUUGGAGCUGCCUUUGCCACGGAGGACGACAAGAUCGUCGGAGGGUAUGAGUGCACCGCUCAUUCUCAGCCCCAUCAGGUGUCUCUGAACUCUGGUUACCACUUCUGUGGUGGCUCCCUGGUCAACGAGAACUGGGUUGUGUCUGCUGCUCACUGCUACAAGUCCCGCGUGCAGGUGCGUCUUGGAGAGCACCACAUCAGGGUCACCGAGGGAACCGAGCAGUUCAUCAGCUCCUCCCGUGUCAUCCGUCACCCCAACUACAGCUCCUACAACAUCAAUAAUGACGUCAUGCUGAUCAAGCUGAGCGAGCCCGCCACCCUCAACCAGUAUGUGCAGCCUGUGGCUCUGCCCACCAGCUGCGCUCCCGCUGGCACCAUGUGCACAGUCUCUGGCUGGGGCAACACCAUGAGCUCCUCUGCUGAUAGCAACAAGCUGCAGUGCCUGAACAUCCCCAUCCUGUCUCACAGAGACUGUGACAACUCCUACCCCGGCAUGAUCACCGAUGCCAUGUUCUGCGCUGGAUACCUGGAGGGCGGCAAGGACUCUUGCCAGGGUGACUCUGGUGGCCCCGUUGUGUGCAACGGUGAGCUGCAGGGUGUUGUGUCCUGGGGAUACGGAUGUGCUGAGAGGGACCACCCUGGUGUCUACGCCAAGGUGUGCAUCUUCAACGACUGGCUGGAGCGCACCAUGAACCUGACAGCAACUCAGCCUGUGAGAGAGUCUCCACCUGUCACUGUGUCUAUAGGCCGAGUCAAGCUAAACAUGAAGAGCCUGGUUUUCGCUUUGCUCCUCGGAGCAGUGUUUGCCACAGAGGAUGACAAAAUUGUUGGAGGGUAUGAGUGCACGCCUCAUUCUCAGCCCCAUCAGGUGUCUCUGAACUCUGGUUACCACUUCUGUGGUGGCUCUCUGGUCAACGAGAACUGGGUGGUGUCUGCUGCUCACUGCUACAAAUCGUGAAUAUUCCUCAAACUUGAUUAAAAAUUAAAAAAACAUAUCUUCCGUUCUCUGCUUUUCCUCCAUAGUUUCUCCCUCACAUCUUACUUCUCUUUCAGCAAAAUGGACAUUGUUCUGGGUGAUCACAACCGUUGGUUCAUGGAUGGCAAUGAACAGAUCAUUCCUGCUUCCCGCGUUAUCCCACAUCCCAACUACGAGUCCUGGCUUGUUAACAAUGACAUCAUGCUUAUCAAGCUGAGCCAGCCCGCCACCAUCAACCAGUAUGUGCAGCCUGUGGCUCUGCCCACUAGCUGUGCUACUGCUGGCACUAUGUGCAAAGUUUCUGGCUGGGGCGUGACCAUGAACUCCUCUGCUGAUAGCAACAAGCUACAGUGUCUGGACAUCCCCAUCCUGUCUGAUGAGGAUUGUGACAACUCCUACCCUGGCAUGAUCACUGAGGCCAUGUUCUGUGCUGGAUACUUGGAGGGAGGCAAGGACUCCUGCCAGGGUGACUCUGGUGGUCCUGUUGUGUGUAACGGUGAGCUACAGGGUGUUGUGUCCUGGGGCUUUGGGUGUGCAGAGAAGAACCACCCUGGUGUCUAUGCCAAGACCUGCAUUUUCACAGACUGGCUGCAGAGCACCAUGGCUGCUUACUAA